AUGUCCAUGGAAUCCGACCCUUUCAUCUCCGCCCGAUCAUCCGCCCGCAAGUCCUCGACCACGUCCACAUCCUCCAGACCCUCCAUCUCGCCCAUCUCACCAGGCCUUGCACCCAAGGUCCAGCUGGUGCCGUACGCACGCUCGGCCAGCUUCGAUGUUUCCUUCUCCGACGCCGAGCGGGAGUUGCUGGACAAAGCCAACUUCGACGCCUUGGACAUGUCGUCGCAGGACUUUGACUUCGAAGAUAUCUUCACCUUCGACAGGCCCCAGAAGAAGUUGACAAAGGUCGUCGAAGUCUCCAGACCGACCAAGGACCAUCGGGACUGGUCGAAUUUCUCCUUUUCUCAUUAUUCCGCUGCCAUCAAUGCAAGGAAUAAGGUCAACAAAACGAGGCCAGGCAUUGGCGAGCUAUACAUGAGGAAUCAAUCCGCUGCACGCAAGUCUUGA